AUGGCGACGAGCGAUACGGAAAUCGCGACGAGUAAUCAACGGAAGUCCCCGGAGCGCAGCAACGGCGACAGGCUCAGCUCCCUGCCGGACGAAAUCUUAUCUCACAUUCUCUCUUUCCUGCAAACCAAGUACGCCGUCGGCACCGCUGUUCUCAGUCGGCGUUGGAAAGAUCUCUGGACUAGGGUUUCCAAUCUCGAUCUCGACGACAGCUUGGUUUACCGCCACCUGCCUCCGAACAACAAUGGCGCAUCAACGGAACAAAUUUCAGAGGUUCGGGGGAGGAGAGCCUUGGUAUUCUCCCGAUUCGUCGACAGGGUUCUCAGCCGGCACAAGAAUCUCGAUUCGGUGAACCGUUUCCGCUUACAGGUGAUGUCAGAUUUACGGUUGAAGAUGGAAUUGGGGUAUGGGUCUCUGCUUGAAGAAAUAGAUAUCGAAAUCCAGGGGAAAUAUGGCAGAAUCAGUCGUGAAUCUCAGCUUCCGGAGAGCGUCUUCAGUUUGAAGAAUCUGAAAAUUUUGAAGGUCGGGGGGAUUUUAGUUGCGAAUACAGAGGGUUCGGUUGUUCUUCCUAACCUAAAGAUAUUACAGCUUGUGAGAGUACCGACCAAGGACUCUGAAUCAUUAAGCAGGCUCAUUUCUGAUUGCCCCGUUCUAGAGACUGUUCAUCUAGAGCUGUGCUACCCCUUGUACUUCGAUGAAAAAUGCAUGCUUAUUGCUUCAUCACCAUCUUUGAAGAACUUGACUAUUAUCCAUCAUGACCGCUACACUCCCAUUGGGAUUGAAGCACCCAAUCUAGUGCAUCUUCAUCUUCAUCUUCAUCUUCAGCCUAUCACACCCUUUACGGUGCUACGGUUUCUUGGAGGGAGUAGAGUGUUUUCAUGCCUUGAUUCUGCGUGGGUUGAUAUGUUCUGGGACCCAGAUGACCCAGAGCAUUGUAUGAUUGAGUUGCUCAACCAAAUCUCCAAUGCAAAGAGAAUCUCUUUGUCUAACGAGACUCUUGUAAGCAUCAACAUGCCCUAA